UUCCCGUGCGUCCCGAGACAUGGACUUGGAUGACAAAACAUUGCAAUUCGAAACAUUGUUGUGUACGCGUCAAAAUCGAGAUCGGUCAUGAUAGUGCGACGAUUCGAUUGAACGAUUACGAACGAUUCGCAAGGCGCACAGAGCGUAUCUCGGUGUUGAGUUUCCCGUUGCGACCGCUCGCGCGAUUGAGGGCGGCAGUAUCGUUUCAACCGUCGCUCUGUGUGGUCGCUUAAGCGGCGCUGUCUGUGAUUUUUAGUGUAGCUCCUGUUAAUCCAAGUUAAUCGACUAUGGCGGAUCAACUAACAGAGGAACAAAUCGCCGAAUUCAAAGAGGCGUUCUCAUUGUUCGACAAGGAUGGCGACGGCACCAUCACCACCAAGGAGCUGGGCACCGUGAUGCGCUCGCUGGGACAGAACCCCACCGAGGCUGAGCUGCAGGACAUGAUCAACGAAGUGGACGCCGACGGCAACGGCACGAUAGACUUCCCCGAGUUCCUGACGAUGAUGGCGCGCAAGAUGAAGGACACGGACAGCGAGGAGGAGAUCCGCGAAGCGUUCCGCGUGUUCGACAAGGACGGCAACGGGUUCAUCUCGGCGGCCGAGCUGCGCCACGUGAUGACCAACCUGGGCGAGAAGCUGACCGAUGAGGAGGUGGACGAGAUGAUCCGCGAAGCCGACAUCGACGGCGACGGCCAGGUCAAUUAUGAAGAAUUCGUCACUAUGAUGACGUCGAAGUGAGGCAGCGGCUAGUGUGUGUGUAUAAAGCGGAGAAUUUAAAUAUACGUUUUGUUUCAUGACACACAAUAUUUAGCAUCGUAUUGGACCUGCAUUUCUCUAGUGUUUGCGAUAAAUUAAAUAUUGUCAUCGUUUCUGUUUAUGGUAUAAGGUUGGAUACAGCGGCGGCCGACGCCCGCGCGCCUAGACUUAAAGUAUUCCGUUGUUUUAUGGUAAGGACGUCGCGUCGCUCGGUCUGUGUAUGUGUGUGUGUGUGUGAGUGUGCGUGAGUGCGUGCGUGCGUGCCUCUGUGUUGCGUCACGCCCUAGUGUAUGCGGUGCUAGCCUCCGCACCUUUCCGAUACCUUUUAAAUGUAAUUUUUUUCAAGUAUGAGAUAUUUAUAAAGUACGUGAGAUAAAAUUUAAAAAAAUCCCAAAAAAAUAUGUAACUUAAAGAUGGCGGAUGAGUACGCCCAUCAGAAAUGUUUAAAUAAAUAAAUAUUAAAUAAUUAUAAUGUGACUCUGUAACGAAUAAAUAAGAUUUAUUGAUAAUAUUGUUUUGAAUGUAUCUAUCUGUAACUAUAAUACGAGUAUAUAUGACUUGAUAAAUAUUAUAUUUCUAUUGUCGGUGAACUGAAGUCCGCUAUGUUAUAAUUGUCUUAACACAUAGAUUCUUUCAUUUAUUAAAAUUUACAAAAGACAUACUGAAAAUAAAUGUUUCUUCAUUUUUAGGUCAAUAAG